AUGUCGUCGUUACGCAACUACGGCCUCGCCGCCCCUCACGGGCCCAACAUGGACGGCCACCACGUCGCUACUGAGCAGCUCUACGCCAUGAGCCAGAACGAGCAAGGUGUCUUCCAAACCAUCCUCAAGCCCGAUGACAGCUACGAUGAGAACGGCACAUACUGGGCUGACUUGCCUCUUAUGAAGAGAAUCAAGUUCGUCAACAAGGUCAACAACGCCGAGGCUAAGAAGGAAAUCAACGCAACUUGGGCCAUGAUCAAGAAGGAUCCUCUCAGUCCUAUCGGUUACUACUUCCGCAACAUGGUCAUUCCUGGUGCAGGUCUGCUCCUCGAAGGUUACGUCCUUUUCUCUAUCGGAAACGUCAAGCCUCUUCUUCAAGCCGCUUUCCCCAGGUGCUGGAAGAACCACAAGAUUUGCAACUCGACUUGGAUCGCUGCCCUCGACUACCUCGAGAUUGUUGGUAUCAUUGUCGGUCAAAUCCUUGUCGGUGUCAUUGGUGAUUGGCUCGGUCGUCGUUGGGGUCUGAUUCAAGACGCCACUAUCAUGUUUAUCGGUCUUCUCAUGCUCACUGCCUCCUGGGGUGUCACCCAGAACGGCUGGGUCAUCUGCUACGUUUGGUCGCUCUUCUUCUACGGUGUCGGUGUCGGUGGUGAAUACCCCAUGACCGCCACUUCUGGUAUGGAAAACGCCGUCGGUGCUGGAAAGGUCUCAACCAAGGAAGAUCGUCUCCACCGUGGUCGCAAGGUCACCUCGGCUUUCCUGAUGCAAGGUUGGGGUCAAUUCUUCAACCAGGUCAUUCUGAUCAUCCUUUUGCUCAUCUUCCACGGUUCUGGAAACCCUCCUUACGGCAAGACCUCGACUCAGUGGACCUACCGCGUCUCUUUCGCUAUCCCCGCUGUUGGAACUCUCUGGCUUGUCUACUUCCGUACCUUCAAGAUGCGUUCUGCCUCGAGAGUGCUCGCUGCUGCCAAGAAGAAGUCCAACGUUACUGGUUACGACACCCAGUCGCUCAAGCUUACUCUUACCCACUUCGGUCCUCGUCUUAUCGCAACUGCUGGUGGCUGGUUCUUCAACGAUGUCUUCUUCUACGGAAACAAGCUUUUCCAAUCUGAAUUCAUCGCCGUCCUGCUUCCUCACAACAAGUCCGUCAUGGUCGGCUGGCUUUACAACUUGAUCAACGUCGGUGUCUCGCUCUGCGGUUACUACCUUGCCUCUUUCUUGAUUGACAACAAGCUUUACGGGCGCAAGUGGAUGCAGAUCAUCGGUUUCCUGCUCGACUUCAUUCUCUUCGUUGUCCCUGCUUUUAACUUCAAGCAUUACACCAGCUUAGCUGGAGUCCACUCUUUCCAGGCCAUGUACUUCUUGUCCUCCUUCUUCAACCAGUUUGGUCCCAACUCGGUCUCUUUCCUUGUUGCUGCCGAGGUCUUCCCCACUCCCAUCCGUGCUACCGCUCACGGUUUCAGUGCCGCCGUCGGCAAGCUCGGUGCUCUUCUCGCCGCUGUCCUCUACAACUACAUCACCACUCAACAGAAGUUCUAUGUCGUCCCCUGGUUCGGUCUCGCCGGUGCCCUUGUUACCUGGCUCUUCCUUCCUGACACCACCGGUCUCGAUCUCAAGGAGCAGGAGCGUCGCUGGGCAUUCAUUCGUGUUGGCAAGGGUGACGAAUACCACGGUGUUGCUGUCCACCCCAAGCACUUGUCCGUCUGGGAGCGCUUCCGUGGCGUUGGCAAGAACUACGACGCCGAGCUCGACUACCAACAGCGUGUUGAGGAAAUGCGUCACGAGUGGGAGCAGGCCAUGGCCUCCAAGGCUGCCGAGAAGGAAAACAAUAUGGACCCCGAUGUUCUCGACGACGAGGACUGGCACAGCGAUAUCUCCAGCUUCUUCGCUCGCACCAAGAACGGUCCCCGUGGUGCUCAGUCUCCUCUCAUCUCCCCCAUGGUUCGCGGUAACGAAAAGACUGGCAGUACCUUGCCUUCACCCAUGAUGCGCGGUAUGGACAAGAGAAGCCCCAUGCCCAGCCCCAUGAUUCGCGGCCAAGUCAAAGAAGAAGAUGAGUCCGACGAGGCCUUGAACGAGAAGAAGUAA